AUGUAUAUUGCUGCUCAUAAAAGACUAGCGAAGCAGCAAACAUUAAAAAUGGCUCUGCGAACGUACGGCGAUAAGCCGAUAAGUUUUCAAAUAGAAGAAGGCGGAGAAUUUUAUUGUGUUGGAUCAGAGGUGGGAAACUACCUGCGGUUAUUCCGAGGGUCUCUAUAUAAGAAGUACCCUGGUAUGGCCAGGAGAACUCUUACCAAUGAGGAGAGGAAACGCUUGGUUGACAACGGUCUUGGACCUCACGUCUUGUCGAGUUCUGUAUCUUUACUAAAAGCCUCAGAAGUGGAGGAUAUCAUUGAAGGGAAUGAUGAUAAAUAUAAAGCAGUAUCAGUAAGUCAAGAGCUGGCAACUCCCCGAGAAAGUAAAAGCAAGAAACCACAUAAUCCAUCAUGGUUACCAGUUAUGCCCAACUCGUCACAUUUAGAUGCAGUACCUCAAGCAACACCCAUUAGCAGGACUAGGGUGCACAAUAAAAAGGUACGAACAUUCCCACUUUGCUUUGAUGACACAGAUAUGACUGCAAUGUUAGAGAAUUCAUCUCAAAAGCAAGUUCUGGUGCCUAUCAGAUUGGAUAUGGAGAUUGAAGGACAAAAGUUAAGAGAUACAUUUACUUGGAACAAAAAUGAAUCAAUAAUUACCCCUGAACAAUUUGCUGAGGUGCUAUGUGAUGACUUGGAGUUAAAUACAUCGACUUUCAUCCCGGCUAUAGCGACUUCCAUUAGGCAGCAGAUUGAACAGUUUCCGAGUGAACCACCCGCUAUAUUGGAGGAGCAAUCUGAUCAGAGGGUAGUCAUCAAGUUGAACAUUCACGUUGGAAAUACGUCGUUAGUGGAUCAGGUGGAAUGGGACAUGUCUGAGAAGGAGAAUAAUCCUGAACAGUUUGCGAUGAAACUGUGUGCUGAGUUGGGUUUGGGCGGAGAGUUUGUGACUGGGAUAGCGUACAGUGUCCGCGGGCAACUCGGGUGGCAUCAGAGAACUUACGCUUUCAGCGAAGCACCACUGCCUGUUAUAGAGACUCCAUAUCGCCAACCUUCCGAAGCGGAGCAAUGGGCGCCUCACUUGGAAACCCUAACCAACGCAGAGAUGGAGAAGAAGAUACGAGACCAGGACAGAAACACGAGACGUAUGCGAAGACUGGCGAAUACCACACCCGAUGUGUCGUUGAGUCGGGCGGUCAACCGGCUGAUUCGCGCUGACGAGGCCAUGUUCCAAACAACGCCAGAAAAGAGGAGGAAAAAAAUUUAA